CCAUUUGCUUACAUUCAAGUCUCCAUCUCUGUUGAACCGAAUGUGUUUUGUAGAGUAGCCAUUGAAGGCCUUUCAAUGCAUUUUUGUUGCUUUCCAGUUCAGUACUAUUAUUUAAUAUCAACCAAGUGAGCAAUUACAUCUAUGGAGAAGCUGAGGCAUUGACUGAUGAUAUUGAAGAAGAGAGUCAGAUUUUUGGGGAGGUCUUGAGGAUCAAAAAGAUUAUUGAUAAUUGUCAAGAUGAGGUCAUCAGAGAAGAGAGUGAGUGCAGUUGCCAUAAGCAAUGAUGGUCUAUUUGUUUGUUUUGCUGACAAAUUUGGAGUUGUUUGGUUUGUGGAUUUGGAUGGAUUUCAUGAAAAUCAAGCUUUAGCCGGUAACAAGGCAGCGCCAAUUCUUGCUCACUACUGUAGCAUCAUUACUAGCCGGGAAUUCUCGCCGGAUGGACGAUUCAUUAUUAGUGCUGAUCGGGAUUUUAAAAUUCAUGUUACCCUGCUUCCAAAGAAGCCUUUAGAUGGGGCUCAUGAGAUACAGAGCUUUUGCCUUGGUCAUUCUGAGUGA